AUGAUCAAGAAGUGGGAAGACGAAGAAAACAAGUGCUGGUUAUGUUUUGAAAAAGUGGCAGGCCUCGUUCUCAAUGGGUCCGGUGUCCUCCAUCCACAUGGUGAAGCUUGGUGGUCGUCCGUUGAUCACUCCCACCGACCACGGACAGUCGCAUUUAAUGGAAGCAGUGACAUUAUAUAUAAUGGACUAACUCAAAUGAACAGCGGGAAGAAUCACAUUUCAGUUUUUAAUUGCCACAAUGUAACUUUAUCAAAUCUUCAUCUAAUCGCUCCUAAAGAAAGUCCUAACACCGAUGGAAUCGACAUUGCUUCUUCAAACAAUAUCCGGAUUCUAAAUUCAUCAAUCCAGACAGGUGACGAUUGUGUUGCUAUCAAUGGUGGUUCAUAUAAUAUCAACAUAAGUCAUGUGGCAUGUGGUCCGGGUCAUGGCAUCAGCAUUGGAAGUUUGGGGAGAGGUGGGCUAAAUGAAACAGUUGAGAAUGUGAAAGUAACACACUGCACCUUCAACGGAACUAGUAAUGGGGCAAGAAUCAAGACUUGGUCUGGAGGGCACGGGUUCGCCAAAAAUAUUCUAUACGAGAAUAUUACGUUAAUAGAUGUCCAAUACCCGAUCAUCAUCGAUCAACAUUACUGUAACGGUGGUCACAACUGUAAACAAGGGGCGACUGCUGUGCAAGUGAGCGACGUUACAUAUAAAUACUUCAAAGGGACAUGUGCACGUGAUAUUGCAAUAAAACUAGAUUGUGACGAAUUAGUCAAUUGUCAUAACACUGUGAUGGAACACAUUAACAUCACUUCUUCGUCUCCCGACAAGCAGCUCACCGCGUAUUGUCAAUACGCGGAUGUAGUUAGUCAUUUUGUCUCCUCUGAUAUCAAGUGUGGUUCUGAUGAAGAACCACAGAGUCCUCAACCUCCCGUAGCCGUUGAACCUCCGACCUCGGACUCCUCGGCUUCCUACAUUGGUCCAUCUUCCAUACCUUAUAUAAGGCGCCUUCUUGCGAAGCUUCUCUGA